GACUCUUCUUCCUUCCGUCUGUCAAAAAUGUUUCCAUUCUUUCGAUGGCUUGUAUUGUUUGCGUAAAUACAAACAAAAAUGUUUUUGUAUGUGAAAUAGUUUUUAGUUUUGUCUAUUAUAUAGUGUAAAAGUUAUAUUUUGUUAGUGCUUUUAUUAUUGUUUUAAUACUAUGUGAAAACCAUUCCACUCCAAAGUGGAGAAAUCUCAGUGUUACGGAGCUUGAGGAGAGCACCUAAAUUUUACCAGAUGCUGCCUUCUAUGCCAAUAUUGUUCACCCGGGAAAGUCAGGAUGCGUUUGGGAAUAAAAUUGAACCAAGCACGAGCUUUUUUAAUCCAAAUACAUUUAUAAAACCUGCGAUUCAACCCGAGCCUCCUCUUCAGAAAGUUUUGGUUGUAGAGCCUGUCAAAACUGCUCCGAAAGAGACGAAACCCAAGACUAGUGUGAAGAAAAAAGAGGAUCCGCCUAAAUUUGAUAACAAUGCUUUAGAAACAGCUUUAGUUAAGUCUUAUUACUCUAAAGUACAAUCACGGUUUUCUUCCAAUCCAUCGGUGCCUAACAACAAAUUUAUCCAGUUCCAAAAUAUAUUGAAAACAUUUGAUCCAAACAAAGAGACUCCGGUGGAACUUUACAAGAGAAUCGAGCAGUUGUUCGGUGAUGAGCACUCGGAUAUUCUUGAAGACUUUCUAUUGUUUUUGAAGCCAGGCCAAGCUGCCAGUGUGGGUAGAUUUAUGGACCAUUUCAUGUUGGUCCAGAUGACCAGCUUUAUAGAACUUUUACAUAGUGUGUUUUAUCGCAAGCCAACUGUCCUGAGGAAGAUAUUACGAGCUAUUACUGCCGGCAUCAACAGCGGCAGCAGUGAGGUGAUGAAGUCACGGGUUCUGCCCCAUUUGAGGUCCAAUCCCCGGCUGAGUGAGAUGUUCAAAUCCUUGUUCCCUGAUGAGCGGCCUCCAGACAGCGCAUACGACACAGGAGUGGAUGCGAUCCCCGAGUCGUUGUUAUCGGAAAGCGUUCGAUAUGAGACCUUGGAGUUCCAAGAAGAGACUGACGCGAAGAAGAAAAUUGAAGCCACUGAAGGACUAGACACAAUGUAUCUCCACGGCCGAGUAUUUCUUCAGCACGGCAGGCUUCUCAGGUCAGCAAACGUUGAGUUUCCAUACAGCAAGGAACCUUACCGGGUGCACGCCCGACGUCUAGCCCCUGCCCAGUGCCACCUCUCACCUCCAGAAUCCGACGACGAAAGGGCAUCACCCAAGCGCACCAGAAAUUCUAAAGUACCCCCCAAAAAACCCAAAAAACAACUCAAGUCCCCAACCAAAAACGCGAAAGACGUUAACGAUAACACAAAAGUUAAAGAUAUCGUCACAAACGUUCUCAACAGCCCGAAAACGGUGAAAAACAAACAGCAAAACAAGAAAAAUAAAGAGAAAAAGGACGACGCGAAACAAGACACGCAGAAGAGAGAGAGAAAAGACAGCAAAAAUUCAACUUGCCAGAAAAAGGACGAGGGCUCGAAACCAAAGCAGCCUAAAAUUGACCCAGUGUGUACAGAAAUCAAAGCAGUUAUUAAAAGCAGUAGUUGUGCGGAACCAGUGUGCACAGAGGUUAGAACAGAAGUAAAGAGUAAUAGCUGGACGCGGGAGGAGGACAAAACUAUGUUGCAAGUGCUAAAAGGUGAAGCUGAUACUGAGCAAGUCUUCGAAAGAGUGAGAGAGUUGCUUCCUCACCGCUCCGUAACAGAGAUCAAGGAACGAUUCUGCCACGUCAUGACCCUACUGCAGCAAAUGGCUGUCGGAGAAGUCACUUAGCGCUAAGGAAAUUAAUUAAUCUGUAAGCGAAAAUAGUAUUUAUAAUUUUUGUAAAAAUAAAUUGUUAUUUUUACUUUGAA